CGUAUCUGAAGGCAUUCGCUGUUGGAUAAUAGCAUGCAUUUCUACUGAAGUGUUUUGAACAUCAGUUUUGCAGUUUCCCAUUGCAGUAUUAAUGUCACUAAAUAUGUCUACACUACAUAGGCAGCAUUUCUAGGUGUCUCAGACAUCUUUAAUGCUCUUAUAUGCUGCCUACAGCUCAGUUUAUUUGUACAGUUAAAAACCCGGACAUGGAUAAUCAUGUAAAAAUAGAUGCACUGUAUGAAGGAGAUAUAAUGGCAGUUCCUCCUGCAUACUCAGACCUGGGAAAAGCAGCCAAGGACAUUUUCAGCAAGGGUUAUGGUUUUGGGAUUGUAAAAUUGGACCUCAAGACUAAAUCUCAAAAUGGAGUGGAGUUCAACACGUCUGGAUACACCAACACGGACACGGGAAAAGCCGGCGGGAGUCUGGAGACCAAGUAUAAGAUGAAGGAUCUGGGAUUGAGUUUGAACCAGAAGUGGAUCACAGAGAACAUGCUCAGUACAGAAGUGUCUGUAGAAGACCAGCUCGUCCAGGGGUUGAAAGUGGCUCUGGAUACAUCUUUUGUAUCAAACACAAGCAAGAAAAGCGGUAAACUGAAGACCGGCUACAAGCGUGAGUUUGUCAAUGUGAGCUGUGACAUUGAUUUCGAGGGUCCGGUUGUGCACUCUGCAGCAGUUCUGGGAUACGAAGGCUGGCUUGUGGGCUAUCAGAUAGCGUUUGACACGGCCAAAUCCAAACUGGUGCAAAAUAACUUUGCUCUGGGAUACAAGGAAGGAGACUUCCAGCUUCACACCAACGUUAAUGACGGAGCUGAGUUUGGAGGAUCUGUCUAUCAGAAGGUCAGUGAUCAGCUGGAGACCGCCGUCACUUUAGCCUGGACGUCUGGCAGCAACAGCACGCGAUUCGGAGUUGCUGCAAAGUACCAGCUGGAUAAAGAUGCCUCGGUGUCUGCCAAAGUGAACAAUGCCAGUCUGAUUGGAGUUGGUUACACUCAGACUCUUCGACCUGGGGUGAAACUCACUCUCUCAGCCUUGAUCGAUGGAAAAAACUUCAACACCGGCGGACACAAAGUAGGACUGGGUUUUGAACUGGAAGCAUAGCUUCCGUAGUGCAAAAGACACAGAAGAAGAGGGACUCAAUCCUCAUGUUGUCCCUCCUACAUCACACACUAGCACUCGAUGACUAAAAACACUUAGCGGCAUGUUGACAGUUUUUGCAAGUUCGUGGGAGCUGAGUUAUUCAAUCUCAACCGGCCGUAAAACCUGGCCAUCUAAGGGAAAUAUUUACGUAGAGCACCUGCAACAAACCAGAUUACACAAGUAGCGGUAGAUUUGCGAGCUCGGAGUGUUUCUCUGGUGAUGUCAGGGCAUG